AGUCAACUAGGUUUAUGCAUUAUAACGUUAACUUCGCAUUUCGUCCUUCCCGCCGCCAACACCGACCAUGCUCACCUCUCGGUUCUCACUCACUCCACACCCCUCACCCCUCACCCAGGCUAACUUUAUAGGAGUGUCUCCUAGAUGUUAAUGGUAAAACGGAGCUUAGUUUGUAAAAGACAAUCUCAUGGGCCCUGCUCGUCCAAUUUCAGACAAGGACAAAGGGAGCAAACCAAACUUUGCUUUGAAAGUUGCAGCAGCAAAGGGCAAGGUGGAAGAAGAAGGUAUGAGUUGUGCGAGUCACUCUGAGAAGCCCAUUGUUAAGGCGGAGGCCUUUCUGGAUGAACCAAUUAAAAGUACCAAGGUCCCUGAAGACAUGGAGGUUGAUGUAGUAAGCUGGACAAAUAAAGUUGAUUUUGCAUCAAAUAAAAAUAAUGACCCUGAUGCAACUGAAUACUCAAGUUCAUUUGCUGACACCAUGUCAGACCCUGAAACUAGUUCUAGACUGAGUGAAGCUGAAGUGGAGUCAGAGCUCUUAGGUGACAGAGGCUUGUCAUGCGCCUUUGAUGCUUUUGGCUCUGCUUUUCCAAUGAGGAAGAAGAAGCUAACAGAUCAUUGGAGGAACUUUAUACGGCCUUUGAUGUGGCGCUGUAAAUGGACAGAACUAAGAAUUAAAGAAAUGGAGUCACAGGCAUUAAAGUACAGCAAAGAGCUUGCGGAAUUCGAUAACAGGAAAUGUAAGGCACCUGAUCAAUUAACUUUAGAAGAAAUUGGUUCAAAAUCACUGCCAUUUUCAAGUCCCUUGUGCAAAAGUAAGGCCAAAAAGAGAAGGAAAAGAAAGAAAAUUGAAGACACAAUUGAUAUAGGAUCCUAUAUGUCACGUCAUUAUCUUUUCUCUUACCUUGAUAAUAAGAAGUCUGACCCAGAUAGUAGCUUGGCUGAUGAUUUUGGCAAUUCAGUGAUUGCAGACCCACAUACCGAUUUGACUGACAGAUUUGGGAUUAAUGAUGAUCAAUCUUUCUUUGAGUUUACCGAUGGUGAUGGUUCCUUGGAGCAGCUCCUUUGGACAAUUGAAAGCGUGCAUUCUAGGGUCCACAAGCUGAAGAGUCAAGUUGACACAAUCAUGUCCAAAAAUGCUAUGAAGUUUUCUUCAGAGAAUUUGAGCCUUCUACCCCAUGGUGAUGCACAGACCAGCUCUGCUCAUAGUCCUGCAUUCUCUGCUGGGAAUGGAGACACGGUGUCAGCAGGCGCUAUUUGUAAUUCAGCUCAGCAUGCACCUGAGUUUGAUUUUGGAGAUUUGGUUAUGCCUGAUAGUGCUGUCUCGAGUUAUGGAGAAGCCACAACUAUUCCUGAUAUAAUUGAGAGCACAGUGGGAUUAUUGUCUGCUGCAGAUGUCACCCUCCCUCAGCCCCAGACCAUGGACUCAUGUGAAGAUAUGGUAGACAGCGUGUUGAUACACAAUGAAGCAGCUGAAGCAGAGGAGCACGCCUUUAAAAGUGUAAAUUACAAUCCCACUGAGAAGCAUCCGGAGGCAGGGAAAGGUGAUCAGGAAAGUGCACACACUGCUUCUAUCCCAGCGACGGAAUCUAAUAUAGCACUGAAGUCUGCUUUGCCUCACUCUCAGGAGCAAUCAACGCUCAAAUCUUGUUUGUAUAAAGACGUGCAUUUUCCCAAUUUUAAAAGGAAACGUGGGGAGCGCAAAGCUGGAUCUGGUGGUUGGAGCAAGAAAAGCUCAGGGGAACCUGAUAGCCAAUGAGAUAGAGUAGUGAGUUCAUAAAAGCUAAAGUAGGGGCUAAAUGUAUUACUACUUCUCGAGGAUCAGACUGCCUUUUCAUUCAACUUAGUUUCUGCACUCGUCCUUGUAAACAAGAAAGUAUGUGUAAGUGCGAGUCUCCUUCAAGCAGACUAUCCUGAUAAUACUAUUGUUUGUCAGUUACGAUGAACCUCAAAGAAAGAACAAUAGCAAACGAGAAAUCUAAUUUAUUAGUCAUUUGUUUA